AUGCCGUUGUCUUCACUUCCUACUUCUUACUAUCUUCUUGGAGGGGUUGUGGCCUUCGUUGGGUGGUACCUUGUGCCAUUCUUGUAUGAUCCCUUCCACCUUCGUCGAUCAACAAUCCCUGGCCCUAAGCUCGCAGCAAUCUCCAACCUGUGGUUGGCGUAUGUUUCGGCCAAAGGCCACCGCAGUACUUCUGUUCACGAACUUCACCAACGAUACGGAAAACUCGUUAGAAUUGCCCCCGAUCACGUCAGUAUUGCAGAUAGCAAGGCCGUCGAAACACUAUAUGCCCAUGGGAGUAAUGGGUCGCUCAAAUCAGACUUCUACGAUGCAUUUGUUAGCAUCAAUGAUGCAUUGUUCAGUACGAGAAAUAGGGCCGCGCACGCAAGAAAGCGAAAGCUAGUAUCGGCUGCUUUCUCACUCCAAAAUGUUCUUCAUUUCGAACCUCAUGUCCGUCGUCAUAUUCGGCUAUUUUUCGCACAAUGGGAUUUAAGGGCGGCAAAGGCCGCCAAGGGUAGCAUCGAAGGCGCUCGAAACGGAUGGUCAUUCUUUAACGUCCCCAGCCAUUUCAACUACUUGGCGUUCGAUAUUAUCGGCGAUCUCGCAUUCGGCAAGCCUUUCGGAAUGAUUCCAAACCAAUCGGACGUAGUGCCCAUGAUUGAUCACACCCCGGAAAACCUCGCAUUGGGGGAUAAAGCCAAGCUUCGUUAUGUUCCUGCGAUUUCGGUUCUCAAUGGCCGAGGAAACUAUUCCGCGAGCGUCGGUGUGCUUCCUGUCUGGAUCCGUGAGUGGGUCCGCGUUAUGCCCUGGUUUGCAAAAGGAAGCCAGGAUGUCCUGAGCUUGGCGGGAAUGGCUAGCGCAGCUGUUGAUCGACGAUUGAGGUUCGGAGUUCCCGAGGAAGAACCUCUUGAUGAUGAGGAAGAAGUAACGAGCGGAGGACGAACGGAUUUGUUGGAGAAACUUAUGCAAGGAAAGGAUGAACACGGAGAACCAAUGGGGAGAGACGAACUAACCGCCGAGGCAUUGACACAAAUGAUUGCCGGAAGCGACACCACUAGCAAUUCAUCUUGCGCCAUUACGUUCCAUCUUGCAGCAAACCCAGAUGUCCAGCGAAAGCUUCAGGCUGAGCUUGAUACGGUUAUGCCCAACAUUCGAACCUCUCAUCCGCCCACCGAUAUUAAGGAUCCCACAUCGCCACCACUUCCCCCUGCCGCAUCCGUCGCCAAAUGGGCGGAUAUUAAGGCUUUGCCGUACUUGCAAGCAGUAAUCAGCGAGGGCAUGCGACUCCAUAGUACAUUCGGACUCGGGCCACCGAGGAUUGUUCCCAAGGGUGGAUUGGAAAUCUGCGGCGAAAGGUUCAAGGAAGGUACAAUUCUGAGUGUCCCGUCAUACAGCCUCCACCAUAAUCGGGAACUCUGGGGCGAUGAUUAUGAGAGUUUCAAGCCGGAGAGAUGGUUUGGACGUGAGCCUGGAAAGGAGUACAACCCGUUCUCUUUUGGACCGAGAUCGUGCGUUGGAAGAAACUUGGCGACCCUGGAGAUGACGAUUAUUAUUGCUUCGAUAUUCCACCGAUACGAAUUUGUGCUCGACCACCCUGGACAAAAGCCGGGUAUUGUUGAAGGGCUACUUCGGAAGCCAAUGCAAUGUGUAUUGGGAAUGAGGCGGCGACCUGAAAGUUUGGCAGAAUAG